CUGUCGGGGGCUCAUUAAUAGAUUCUAGAGGGAGGAGUAGGAGCCUUGUCAUCUCGCAGUAUCUUCUGGAACCUCAUGGUAGGAAGAUGGAGAAAAUAUCAGAGUUGAAAGAGAAGGGGAACAAGGCACUAAGCAGUGGGCAGUUGGAGGAGGCCAUUCGCUGCUACACAGAGGCCUUGACUCUAGACCCUUCCAACCAUGUGCUCUACAGCAAUCGCUCGGCGGCCUAUGCGAAAAAGGGAGACUACGAGAAUGCCCUGAAGGAUGCCUGCAAGACUGUUGAGAUCAAACCAGACUGGGGCAAGGGCUAUUCCCGAAAGGCUGCUGCAUUAGAGUUUCUUAAGAGAUUUGAUGAGGCCAAGGAGACGUAUCAGGAAGGACUGAAACGAGAGCCAAACAACCAGCAACUGAAAGAGGGACUUCAGAAUGUCGAUGUUCGCCUAGCAGAAAAGAAAAUGAUGAACCCUUUUGCUAUACCUAAUUUGUACGAGAAGCUAGAGGGUGAUCCUCGAACCCGGGCACUCCUGUCUGAGCCUGGGUACAGAGAACUAUUAGAACAACUCAGGAACAGGCCAUCUGAUCUUGCUACGAAGUUACAGGACCCUCGGGUGAUGACCACACUUUCUGUCCUGCUGGGCUUUGAUUUGGCUGGAGUUGAGGAAGAGGAAGAAGAGCCCACCCCAGCCCCAAAACCCAAACCACAACCGCCGCCUCCAAAAGAAGAGGAUCUGCCUGAGAACAAGAGACAGGCUCUGAAGGAGAAGGAACUUGGUAAUGAGGCCUACAAAAAGAAGGACUUUGCCACUGCACUGAAGCACUAUGAAUCAGCACAGCAACAUGAUCCCACCAACAUGACAUACCUGUUGAACCAAGCAGCUGUGUACUUUGAGAAAGGAGAGUUUGAGAAGUGUCGGGAGCUCUGCGAGAAAGCCAUUGAGGUGGGCAGAGAGAACCGUGAGGACUACAGACAAAUCGCCAAGGCUUAUGCAAGAAUUGGAAACUCGUACUUCAAGCAGGAGAAGUAUACAGAUGCCAUCCAGUUCUACAAUAAGAGUUUGACUGAGCAUCGCACUCCUGAAGUGUUGAAGAAGUGCCAACAGGCAGAGAAGAUUGUGAAGGAGCAGGAGAAGUUGGCCUACAUCAACCCUGACUUGGCCCUGGAGGAGAAGAACAAAGGCAAUGAGGCCUUCCAGAAGGGUGAUUAUCCUCUGGCCAUGAAACAUUACACAGAAGCCAUCAAGAGAAACCCAAAUGAUGCCAAGUUGUUUAGCAAUCGUGCAGCAUGCUACACCAAGCUGCUGGAGUUUCAGCUUGCUCUCAAGGAUUGUGAAGAGUGUAUCAGACUGGACCCCACCUUCAUAAAGGGCUACACUCGCAAAGCAGCUGCACUAGAGGCCAUGAAAGAGUUUAGCAAAGCUAUGGACUUCUACCAGAAAGCUCUGGAGCUGGAUGCCAACUCCAAGGAGGCAUCUGAGGGGCUGCAGCGAUGCCUAGUGAGCCAGGCAAUGCGGAACGAUAACCCGGAGGAAGUGAAGCGCAGGGCCAUGGCUGACCCUGAGGUGCAGCAAAUUAUGAGUGACCCAGCCAUGCGACUUAUCCUGGAGCAGAUGCAAAAGGACCCGCAGGCACUCAGCGAUCACUUGAAGAACCCAGUUAUUGCUCAGAAGAUUCAGAAGCUCAUAGAUGUUGGGCUGAUAGCCAUCCGGUGAUCAGAGGGAGACUAAGGAGAGAAGCCUGGGGCAAAAGUACAGAGGAACAGAUUAUCCCCCUGAAAGUGUAUGACCUGACACCCCCCCCCCCCCCAAUUUAUUUCCACCAUGAACAACAUGAAACGGAUGUUUCUACCAUCACACCUUCAGUGUCAGCCAAAACAGUGUUGAAGACACCAAUGGCCAGUUGCAGAAGACUUAAAAUUCACAUCUUCAAAAUUCUUUAACAUUUUGAAGUGCAUGCUUUAUUGUUCUUGACCAGGGGUUAACCCAAUCUGUAAUUUUGUCAUUUUAAACAAGUUGGUUACAUGUCCCGUAUUCAAGUUUGAAUAUGUGAUUUCAAAAAAAAUACCUGUUCAGAUACAUAUACAUUGACCAUAUAGAGUGCCUCUGUGACCACUGCUACUAUACUGUAUUUGUGACUUGUUUAAAGGAAUUGUAAUCUCAAUUCACAGCUGUGAUUGUCUUUAUUUUUACAAAUAUUUUUUGCAGUUUCAAGCUUGACCUUGUUCUGGCAGCUUCUCUGAAUUAGAAAAUGAACCUGGUGCUUUUUAGGGCCAGGUACAGAGUUACUUGGCCCUUGAAUUCACCUUUUUACCAUAUGCUGUUUAUACAGGAGCAGUGCUGAUACUGAUGGAAGAGUGUGCCUUGCAAGGUGGAACUGUGAAACAUAGAAGGAUAGGGUGGGAUAUAUCCUUUGGGCUCUCCAUCCAACUGGUGUACAGGUGGUGGCAUACUUCUUUUACUUUGAGGGGUAUAGAACACUUUAUACUGAACCCAAAUUCAGCAUAACUCUUACAAAUGUAUGUCAGUAACAGGGAGGUAACUUCCCUUUGUUUCUCAGCAGGCUGCAGAGUAUAGAGUUGAAAUAUCUUUGCAAAAAUGUGAAAGGGCACUGUUUGCUUUAGUAGAGAACAGACCAUUAUAUCUCCUUGGUUGGGACUGUGCUCUGUAGUAAUAUACUGCAUUAAAAUGGCAUGGUUUUCAAUCAUUUGAACUGUGAAGAUGCAGUUUUUUGCAACUGGACCUUAAAAACUGUUUUGGGGGUAUUCCAAAAAAUUGUUUUUCUAGAAGACUGAUGUUAGGGUUUUCAGUAAAAGGAAUGUAUUUCCAAGAAUUUCAUUGUGUAUCUUAAGUGCUUUUAAUUUUGUAGACCUGUUACAGAAACCACACAAGUGUUUUCUGAGGAAACAGGGUUCACACCUCAUAGAUGAACUAAAUGAACUUAGUCUCUGAAGCUGGUAUUUUAUCAUAAUUGCGCAGGUUAGCAUCCAUCAAAUUUUUGUCUCCAGCAGAAGGCUAGUACUUGGACUAAUGGGUAAUAUGGUAUUUAGUACAUCGUGCUUGCAUGAAGUUCCCCCACUUCAGAUUUGAGUAAAGACCUGUCAGUGUCAGAAGCAGAAGCAGACAAGGAAAUAUGAUUAAACAAAUUCUAGACCACCUUCCUUGUGAAGCUGAUCAUUAAAUUACAUCAAAAUGUGUUAAUCUGUUUAUUCAUGUGGAGGAAAAUGUUUCACUGACAUGGAUAACAUUUCAAGUACAAAUAUGCUCUAUACAGUAUAGAUUUAAUACAUAAGUGCAUACAUUUUGAAAGGGUAUAAUAACAUACCCAGAAAUAUUAGAAACUGCUGAUGGAAUUGAGUGGGUCGUAUGAAUAGUCGUAGGUCUGCUGGUGUAUUUG